AUGUCCCGUCGUCGCACCUCCCACAGCGAACCCAUGAACGAGGCUCAGGCGUACCCGUUCACCAACGGCCCUCGCCGCGGGCCCAUCGAAGGCCCUAAUGGCCGCCGCCUGAUCCGGCGCGUCACCUGGCGCUCCUCCACCUAUAAACUGAUGGCCUCGUUAUGGGUGUUCGGCGUGCUCUACAUCCUGUGGCUGAUCCGCGAUCUGUUCUAUACUCCCGCCAGCGCGUCUCCCGAAUGA